AUGAAGACGACGUGUACGCAUAGCGUGUACGCUGUGAACAGUGGUCUGUUUACUUGUGUAAAAUGCAAGGCUCUGUCCUUCAGCAACUAUAACGUUAUACAUUAAUUUAAGAUUUGUGUUAGAUAGCUAGGCCUACUCUCCGUUUAAAAAGUUGUCGUUUCCGGCAAGAAUCCGUUUGAAAGGUAUUACGGAUGCUAGUGCAAUUGAUGGUGAAUGAAGAUGAUGGAUAGUUAACUCAGAAUCACCAGAGGAAAAUAUGAGCUCGAAGAGUAAAAAGCGAAUGGUCCUGCCAAGCCGACCAGAACCUCCUUCUAUGGAGCAAAUAGCAGAAGACAUCAACCGAGCCGAACCGAACGACCCAGUCUUCAGUGUUCUACAAGACGAAAGUCAAGACGCUAGGCUGGGGUCGAGUCCCAGCGAGGUGGAGAUGAUGUACCAGCAGAGCCGGCGCUUCCUGGAGCUGAACGAGCGGCUGCAGGACGCACGGGGGGAGCUGAUGCGGCGGCGGGACGAGCUGCGUGCCGUGGGUGUCGCCCUCGGCAACAGCAUCAACGACGUCAAGGAGGAGGCAGGAAGUAUGCCGUGCUUUGGCGAUCGGAGCACUUAGCGUUCGCCAUCCGGUUCAUGAUGAUAUUCCACUACACCAUACUUUACGGUCACUUAACCUUUUCAGUUAAUAUUGUAUAUAAUUUCUGAACAGUGGAGCUGUUUUGUGUCAGUCUUGCUAAAUUGUUGAUCAUGUAAUAAAGUAUUUUAAAGUAAUUAAA